GCAAGGCAAAAAGUGCGCCACAACGUCAAAUCACGUCAAAUCACACAGAGCACAACUCCUGGCUGCAGCAAGAGGAGGAUAUUCAAUUCGAUUUCGGGCAGUUCGCUCUAACGUGACAGUUUGGUCCACUUUUGCACCUUGGGUUUAUGGGUUUUCUUCUCACCAUUGAUAUUCUGGCUGGAUUUGGUCAUUUUUGAAACAGGAAAGUCAUCCCAGGAUGUCCAGUUACAACUGCAAGUCAUGUAGUUUCUCGACUACAAUAUCAAAUGCUUUUUACAUGUAGAAGUACACAGAAAUGUGGCUAAUCAUCGCUUUAUAUGUGGCAUACCUGAGUGCCCCUGCACUUUUGAGAAGUUUCAAUCUUUUAAGUGUCAACAUUUUAAGAGUCAAACAUUGCUUGUAUUGUCUUUUGAAUUAUAUUGUCAAGUAUAGCAGUUUUGUAUUAUGAAUAACUAUAGAUUUAUAUCUAAACUAGCUAUGAUAUAUAAUAUUUUUUCUAAUUAAAUAAUAAUAUUGGGGCAAUAUAGGUAUUACAGCAAAUUACAGUAUGAUACAAAUACAGUAAAACUACAGUAAAAUACUGUUUUGUAGCUAUACAGUAAUAUUUUUUGUACUGUAAUAACAUAUUACAGUACAGUACUGUAAUGUCAAAUUACAGUAACUUACUGGCGUCUGUGCUGCCAGUAACUUACUGUAAAAAUACAAGGAAAUCGUUAACAGUGUAGAGCAUUGCUUUAGCAGCACAGGGGUCAAGGUUUUGAUCCCUAUAGGGAAGAUAUGUGUAUACCUUGAAUUCACUGUUACUUCCUUUGGAUCCUGUCAACUAUUCAGAAACAACUAGUGAUGCCUGAUUCCUGAAAACGAUCCUCGGGUAUAGAGAGAUGAAUGGCUUAAUAUAUUAACAAUGGCAUUGACUUAACUGUAUAAAUGUGAAAUAAGUUUAACUGUCACUGUAUUCAUAAACUUUGAAAAAUCCGCCAUUUUUUUCCCUGUUAAAAUCUGUGACGUCAAAUGUUUGCAACAUAAAACUGUUGUUAAGACAUCCACCAUUAUCGUAUACUUUAUAGAUUAUGAUAAUAUACUGGUAAACAUAAUAAUAAGAUGCUUGGGGUUUGGUUAUUUAUUUUGUAUUGGAGCACAUGUGAAUAUUCGCCCUCGUCACACUUUCCCGGAAGAUGCGCUACCAUUAUUUCUGAUUUAUAAAUGAGCUCUCACGAAAAGUUACCAUGAUUUUACCAAGUAACAUAGGUCCCGAUUGCGCUGGUGGAUUCUCACACUUAAUAACGUGCAUUUAUAUUUGCGAGAGAGCAUCAAGUUUUAGUCACAUAAACGGCGUGCCGGCACCGUUAUCUUUCAGAAAAUGGAAUCCGCCUGACAGCGGAGCGGAUUGAAGGCGCUCUGCAAAGUCGAGCUCUCGAUAAUUGUCAAUAAUAUAAUAUCUCAUAUGCAAUCUUUUGAGAUUAGUUAUUUAUUCAAGUUUAUAAUUAUUAAAGAAGAUUAUGGCAGGCUGGGAAGUGCAUGUGUGCAGCAUAGAAAGUUACCGAGAUUUGUUUGUUUGUGCGUGUGUGUGUGUGUAUGACUUGCAGCAAAAAAUGACAUCAGACGAGGACACAGACAGGGAGGGAGAAAGCAGCAGACCACCUAAAAAAAUUAAACGAGCCCAUGCCCCACAGCAGUUCCUAAAAGUGUAUCAGGAGCAAUGGCCGUGUCUCCGCCAAUCAAAACUGCUGAAUCAUGCAUUUUGCACAUUGUGCAAUUAUGAUAUUGAUGUCAGCCACCAGGGAGCCUCAGACUGUCGACGUCACGUAGAGGGGAAAAAACAUUUAAAAAUUGUGGCUGCUACAGAUUCAACCCCUAAAAUUAAUGCAUUCUUCCUAAAAUCACAAGAUUUGAGGCCAAUUCGGGCAGAAACCCUUUUCACUACAUUCAUUGUAGAACACAACUUGCCGUUAGCUGCUGCAGACCAUGCUGGACCACUCUUUAGGAAGAUGUUUCCCGAUAGUGAGAUAGCCAAACAGUAUAGCUGUGCCAGAACCAAGACAGCAUCCAUAGUAAAAGUCCUGGCCAGGAAUGAUGAUGAGCGCAUUACAGAAGCAAUGAAGCGGUCUCCAUACAGCCUUGCUACAGAUGGAAGCACAGAUAUGGAGGAUGUAAAAAUGUACCCUAUUGUUGUUAGGAUUUUUGAUCCCAGUCUUGGGAGGGUAGUUGUAAUGUUGCUCAAGAUUUGUGAAUCAAGAGAGUCUACUGGGAAAGCAAUAUUUGAAUUACUUGAUGGUGAACUGAAAAAGAGAGACAUACCGUGGUCAAAUUGUGUCAGCUUUGCAGCUGACAAUGCUGCAGUCAUGCAAGGUUUGGGAAAAGGUGUAGCAGCAUUUCUGAAGGCACAGCAUCCACACAUCUACCUAGUGGGUUGUGCCUGCCACCUGAUACAUCUAGCUGCAGAGAGGGCGUCUAGGCAACUUAGUGUGAAUAUCGAAGACUUUCUUGUCACAAUUUAUUACUAUCUGGACAAAAGCAGCAAGAGAAAGUCAUGUCUACGUGACAUACAGAUCAUGUGCGAUGCAGAGGUGAGAAAGAUCCUCAAGCUGUCCUCCACAAGAUGGCUGUCUUUGGGGCAGUGUAUGGCCCGUCUACUGCAACAGUGGGAUCCUCUUACUGUUUUCUUUAAAAAAGAAGUGGAUGCUGGAAAGAAAAAGAAGACCGAGCCCUCCAAGUCAACAAAGCCUCUGUCUGGUCUCAGACAUCUGUCUAAAGCUUCUCCUUCUACCAGCAUAUCAGCUACAAAGCUGGCCCAACCAAAGCUGCCACCAUCAGACUCAAAGCUGGCCCAACCAAAGCUGCCACCAUCAGACUCAAAGCUGGCCCAACCAAAGCUGCCACCAUCUGCCUUAAAGCUGGCCCAACCUAAGCUGCAACCAUCUGCCUUAAAGCUGGCCCAACCAAAGCUUCCACCAUCUGCCUUAAAGCUGGCCCAACCUAAGCUGCCUCCAUCAGACUCAAAGCUGGCCCAACCAAAGCUGCCACCAUCUGCCUUAAAGCUGGCCCAACCUAAGCUGCAACCAUCUGCCUUAAAGCUGGCCCAACCAAAGCUCCCACCAUCUGCCUUAAAGCUGGCCCAACCAAAGCUCCCACCGUCAGACUCAAAACUGGCCCAACCAAAGCUCCCACCGUCAGACUCAAAGCUGGCCCAACCAAAGCUGCCACCGUCAGACUCAAAGCUGGCCCAACCAAAGCUGCCUCCAUCAGACUCAAAGCUGACCCAACCUAAGCUUCCACCAUCAGCCUUCAAGCUGGCCCAACAUAAGCUUUUACCAUCAGCCUUCAAGCUGGCCAAACAAAAGCUGCUACCAUCAGACUCAAAGCUGCAUUCACCUCUGUAUGAUUCUACCCAGAAGCCUGAAGUGAUCCCACUUACCAUUCUACCAGAAGAUAAAGCUCCUGCUGCAGAGUUCGACUUAAGCAGAUUCCUCUUCAUGCAAAAUAAAAUUGGAAUGGCAGCUGUAGAAGAAAAAAUGAAACCUGAAAGAACCAAGAAAGAAGAGAAAAGGGAUCUGACAAAACCAGAGAAGAUACUUCAGUUUCUUACUGACCCCAUAUCAAAGGUAUAUUCACUCUUUUUGAAGAGAGCCAUACAUAUUUUUGACACUGGCAACCAAACACUCCAAAAAGAAGAGCCAUGCAUACAUAUCUUACUUCCAAGUUUGGAGGUGCAACUGGAGAAGGUAUUGCUUUCAUUCUGUAAGCCUGAGCAUGUGAUGACUAUGAUGAGUGAAAUUAGUAGAGGUAUGAAGCCAAUCAUCACAAGGGACAAUCAGCUGCCUGAUGAGGAACUGUCAAUUGGCCAUGACACUCAAACCUUUAUUAAAAGCCAAGCUAACCUCAAGCUAAAGCCAUUCUUCAGAGAUGUUAGGAAGUUCUUUUCAUCUGCAGCUGAAUACAUGGUUUCCAAAUAUCCAUUUGGGGAUGAACUGCUUAGGCAUGCUGUUGUGGCAGACAUAUCAAAAAGGCAAUCUGUGAAAUUCUCUUCUCUCAGAUUCUUUAUCUGCCGCUUUCCUUCUAUUCUUCUUGAUGAAAUCACUGUUGAUCAAGUGGAAGAUGAGUUCAGGAUGUAUCAAACCACCAGCUUUGAUGAUAGCAUUGUCAGCAAGCGUAUUGAUGAGGCCUGGCGAGAUAUUGGUCUGUUGAAAAGGGGAGGCAAGGAGGUCUUCACUAAUCUCUCAGGAGUGAUGCUAGGGAUAUUGGUUGUGUUCCACAGCAAUGCUGAUUGUGAAAGGGUUUUCAGUCUUGUCACAAAAAACAAGACCCAGUACAGAGCCACCCUGAGCACUGAAAUGAUAAGCGCAUUGGUGACAAGAAAGGUGAGCAUGGCUGGAAUGGGGACUAACUGUCACACGGAAAGCUUUACUGAUGCUCUGCUCAGAAAGUCCAAAUCAGCGACCUAUGAAACAAAGCAGUCAAGAGCAAGUGCUACUGCAAGUGAAUGUGAUUGAUACACAUCAAGGGUAUCUCACUGAAUAUUAUUUACUCACAAAUUAACACAAAUGUUCCUUAAAUUUAAAUAUAUGUGUUCAAUAAUAAAAGUUAUUUUUGAAAAUGUGACUGCGAUGCUUAUUUCACAAUCAAUAUGUUAUUUGUUAAAAACCUGUGUUGUGUCUCUUCGGCUGAUGGUACUCAAAAAAAUACUCCAAGGUUGGCAGGUCUGUCACACUGACAAUACUGGUAAACACAAAGAGCUCAAAGUUCCUUGUAAAACUUUAUCUGUUAAUAUCA